GUCCAUAAUAUAUUGGCCGAAAUGGUCAUGGGUGGAAUGGUUUUGGAGACCAACAUGAAUGAAAUUGUCACUCAGAUUGAUGCUCAAAAUAAACUGGAGAAAUCUGAGGCUGGUUUAGCAGGAGCUCCAGCCCGGGCUGUUUCAGCUGUAAAGAAUAUGAAUCUGCCAGAGAUCCCAAGAAAUAUUAAUAUUGGUGACAUCAGUAUAAAAGUGCCAAACCUGCCCUCUUUUAAAUAACAUGGCUACUCCAGGUAAAACCAAGGAAUAAAUGUAAUAGAGAUUUACCGCAUAAUUGUUUACUAAAUAAACAACUUGUCUAACUUUUACUGUUUGGAUAAAACUCAAGGUACUGUAUAGACAUAAUUUGAAAAAUCUGUGUGUGGAGUUGAAUGUUGCUUUUGUCUUGUUUGUGAAAUUAAAGAAAAUGGGUAGUUCCCGUGUGAUUUCUAAAUUACAUUCCUAUGCCCUUGUAAGGCAUAUCACUGUGUCUUGGCUGCUGCAGUAUUUUGGGAAAGUAUUUAACAUGUUCUUUACUUUGUAUAACCUAUAAUGCUGGUUUUUUUGUAUAUUCACUAAGGUCUAUAAUUAAUGCAUUCCUUAAGUACUUCUGCUGUUUGUCAUGAUUAUUUAAGACUUAAGUGCAAAUGUUGCAUGAAAACAUUAAACUCUUGUUUUGUUUAAAUAAAAUCAUAACAAACUGGACUUCUAAAUACCUGUUUGUCUGAAAUCUACUCUUUGCAAUAAAUCACAUUAUUUCCUAUUCAUGGAGCCAACUGACUAUAUAUAAAUACUGUUGUAGCAAGCAUUAAUGUUGUAGUUUAAUCUCUGAAGGAAUUACAUGGGGGUAUUUUGUUGAACAUACUGGCUCUUUACAUUUCUCACAAAAGCUGUUCAUUAUUAUUCUGAAGGAAAAACUGCCUUUACUGAAGAUCCCAUGACUUCUGUUUACAUAUAGAUGCUGAGAAGAUACUUACACAAUCUGAUAGACUUUCCCUGAUGGUCUGACUUCGUUUUGGGAAAAAGGGUCUCUGCAGUUGCUGUGUGCGU